AUGGAGUUUUGCGUUGUUGUUUUUAAAUUUAAUACAGAUAGCCCUGAUGCAAUUGCUGAAAAUCCGAAUUUCAUAAGGGACAGAAUUCGCGAUGCCAUAUGGAAACCAAUGAUGAACGAGUCAUGGACGAAGCGGUUCAAAAAACCAUUUCACCCAGCCUGGAUGGAUUGGUGCGAUCCAUACCAUUGUAACGAUUACCACAAAAUCGUGUGCGGCUUGAAUCGGAAGACUGUUCGGUUUAAGUGGUUUCAAAGUGGUUGUCACCUCAUCUUGAGUAAUAUGUGCUCUACAUACAGAGGAAGUCUUAAAUAUGACAUAGUAGACAACAAGUAUUGUUCUAUGUAUGUAAUGUUUUUACGUCUCGGCUGUCAAUCUGUGUGUUCGAACACCCUUGAACCUGUUUGUGGAGUUAGCCUGAUCGACAACCAUCUUGUGCUGUUUCAAAAUCGAUGCGCUUUUGAACGGAGGAACUGUCAAGGAGGGAUCGUUGAAGAAUAUGAAGAAAUUAGUUUAGAUAUAUGUUUAAAUAAAAUUAUGUCGAUAUAA